CAGAAGAUAGAACUGAGGUUAAAAGAGAUAAACUCACAGAGCUGCAAGAGUCUGGAUUUUAAUGCUUGCAGCCUGACUCCUCCCUGUCACCACCACACUGGAUCUUUUGCUGUGAUUUCCCCUCUAACUGGAUUGGGGGAAGGCAGGAAAAGCCCUGACCCUCUUCCACAGAGCCUCAGCCAGUAAUACUGCUUUCCGGAUGAGAGGGGCGGCCCUGAAGUCUGAAGCAAAGCCAGCCCCACAGCCACAGUCCCUCCAGCCUCAUCGCAGCUCCCCAACAGUCCAGACCUGCCCACCCUCCAGGACCAGAGGUUCUCCAACCACCGGCUCAGGCACUUGCUGGUCCUCAUGUCCACCACAGGGCCCAGCGUGGGGCCUGCCAGCGACUUGGGAGAGAUCCACAACUGGACCGAACUGCUCCACUUCUUCAAUCACACCCUGCCUGAGUGCCACAUGGAGCUCAGCGAGGACACCAAGCGAGUGGCCCUCUUCGUGCUCUACCUGGCCAUCUUCGUCGUCGGGCUGGUGGAGAACCUUCUGGUGAUCUGCGUCAACUGGCACAGCUCGGACCGCGCAGGCCUGCUGCGCCCCUACGUCCUCAACAUGGCCAUCGCAGACCUGGGCAUCGUCCUGUCUCUGCCCGUGUGGAUGCUGGAGGUCACGCUGGACUACACCUGGCUCUGGGGCAGCUUCUCCUGCCGCUUCACUCACUACUUCUAUUUCGUCAACAUGUACAGCAGUAUCUUCUUCCUGGUGUGCCUCAGCAUCGACCGCUACGUCACACUCACCAACGCCUUUCCAACCUGGCAGCGUCACCAGCACCGAGGACGACGGGCUGUGUGCAUGGGGGUCUGGGUCCUCGCAGCCCUCAUCCCGCUGCCUGAGGUGGUCCACAUCCAGCUGGUGGACAGCUUUGAGCCCAUGUGCCUCUUCAUGGCACCUUUUGAAACGUACAGCACGUGGGCCCUGGUGGCGGCCCUGUCCACCACUGUCCUGGGCUUCCUGCUGCCCUUCCCUCUCAUGGUGGUCUUCAACGUGCUGACCGCCUGCCGGCUGCGGCAGGCAGGACAGCCUGAGGGCCGGCGCCACUGCCGGCUGGUGUGCGCCUACAUAACUGUCUUUGUCAUCUGCUGGCUGCCCUACCAUGUGACCCUGCUGCUGAUCACACUGCACGGGACCCACAUCUCCCUCCACUGCUACCUGGCCCACCUGCUCUACUUCUUCUACGACAUCAUCGACUGCUUCUCCAUGCUCCACUGUGUUGUCAACCCCAUCCUUUACAACUUUCUCAGCCCCAGCUUCCAGGGCCGGCUGCUCAAUGCUGUGGUCCACUACCUUCCCAAGGUCCAGGACAGGGAGGGCAGACAUGCCUCCUCCUCCUCCUCCACUCAGCAUUCCAUUGUCAUCACCAAAGAGGGCAUCCAGCCCCCUGCAGCGGGCCCCCAUCACCGAGUCUGAAAUUCCAGGCCGCAAAUACCCCACCCACCUCUGCUCCCCAAUCUUGCACAGCCAGCUGAGGAAAAGCCCAGUCUCCCCCACCAGCAAAGUAGAAAGCAGGAAGUGUAGGUGAGAGAUUUGCGGGGGGAGGGGGGAUAGGGUGGGGAGAGGGUCAGAGCACUCAGGGCUAAUUUUGAAUAUGUCUUAAAAUAUUGAGGUGGGGGUCGGGAGGGGGCAGGGAGGGAUAGAGAACAGGUUCUUGCAUUGUACUACUUGGCGUGGUCCUUGUGUCUAAGGGAGACAUGCAGGGGAAAGGUGAAAUAAAGAACAGAGACAGCCAUGACUCUGGAUAUUUAGAAAAAGUCUGCAUUACCAGCUGAAAUUGGGAAGGGAGCUGAAGCUAAAGAGAUGUUCAGUAGAAACUAGAUGAUCAUUUCAGAAAUCACCCUGGCCGGAAAGAGUGAGCUCCGCAGGAACCCCACACAACUUUCCUUUUGUGUUUGUGUUUGUUGAUCUCCCAGCACACCAUGCAGGCUGAGGGGACAAGAGGCCAGAGGCCAAGGAGCCAAGAGGCCUCAGCAGGCCGUUUCCUAGCAGUGCAUCCUCAGUGUGAUGAUAAAUGCAGGGGCGGGGUGAAGCCAAAGCCUGAGACCAGCACCAUGCAGCUGGACUGCAGGAGGGUUCUCCACCCCCACCAUCCAGGAAACAGCUCCAUUUCCUUACCGAUAAGCCCCCCUACUCCACCCCAACCCCCUCCCCCCAAAAACAGAGAAGCUGUUCCAGAGUCCAUGCUCCUCACAGCUCAUCUCCCCCAGCUCUGGGUCUAGGACGUUUCCACACUUCUACCUGCUGUCCUUCCCUUUCCGAAUCAUAGGAAAAUAUCACAGGACAUCCAUUCUGGGAGCAGACUUCAGGACAGCUGGCAGCAGGCACUGACAGGUGCUCUGACCCUCAGCCUUUGCCCCUGCACAGGGUGGGGAAGUGGAAAUCUGCCAAUCCCAUCACAGGGCAGAAUUCUGGUAUUCUUCUAAGUCAGUUCUCACCCUCAGACUUCUUUCUCCCUGGUCAAGUCUUCUCAUAAUUCUCCUGCCCAGGAAUUUAGUUCUAUUAGCACUUGUCCUAUAGACAGGAAAAGAAGUCCUCCUGUCAACACAUACGUCUGCUGGAAAAGGCUCAUUUAUCAGUUUGGGAAACUUGGACAAUGUCCAUUAAGCACCCUGACUAAAGUAAACCUAAAAGCAGGUCCCUGCCCAGCAGUUAUGAAACUUUGGCCGCUUCAUCCUGCCUGUGGAGAGCAAAGGGCCUCUGGACAGUCACUGAGAUGCUCUCUCUUGCUCAAGUGUGCACUAUGUAUGUUUAACUUGGAAGAACUACCAGCUGACCUAGACCGCCGUCCCCUCUUCCCUUAGAAAGCUGAGACUGUAUUCCCCAGAGGCAUUAAACAUGUGCUCCAACGGUGUACAGAACUGUUUGUCAAGAGUAUGGAGGGAAAGCUGUGUCUCCCUCCCCUGCUCACUGGGCCCAAACCUGAAAAAGUGUCAGCUGCUCCUUUU